UAGAAAUACAUAUGGAACUACAAUACCAUCAGAAGUUAAAUCACUUAAAAAUUAUUGUUUUAAAGAAUGUUCGUCAUUAAUAACAAUUAAUAUACCAUCAUCAAUUAAUGAAUUAGGAGGUUGUUGUUUUUAUAAAUGUUCAUUAUUAAAAUCAAUCAAUAUACCAUCAUCUGUUAGUAAAUUAGGAAAUUAUUGUUUUUAUGGAUGUUCAACAUUAACAUCAAUUAAUAUACCAUCUUCAAUAAGUAAAAUAGGAAAUGAUUGUUUUUAUGAAUGUUCAUCAUUAAAAUCAAUUAAUAUACCAUCAUCAAUUAAUGAAUUAGGAAAUAGCUGUUUUGAAGGAUGUACAUCAUUAAAAUCAAUUAAUAUACCAUCAUCAAUUAUUGAAAUAGGAUUUGGUUGUUUUAAAGGAUGUACAUCAUUAACAUCAAUUGAUAUAGAUAAUAUACAAUUUAUUAGUAAAAAAAGAAUAUUUAUGAAUGAACCAGUGUUAGUUAGUAUUGAAAUACCAGAUAAUAUACAAAUAAUCAAUGGAAAGAAUAUUUUCAAGAAAGAUAUUAAUGAAUUUAUUAUUCCAUCUUCAAUUACUAAAUUAGGAAGUGGAUGUUUUUAUUUAUGUGAAUCAUUAACAUCAAUUAAUAUUCCAUCUUCAAUUAAUGAAUUAGGAAAUGGCUGUUUUGAAGGAUGUACAUCAUUAAAAUCAAUUAAUAUACCAUCGUCAAUAAGUAAAUUAGAAAAAUGUUGUUUUAGAUAUUGUAGAUCAUUACAAUCAAUUAAUAUACCAUCUUCAAUUAAUGAAUUAGGAAAUUAUUGUUUUAAAGAAUGUACAUCAUUAACAUCAAUUAAUAUACCAUCAUCUGUUAGUAAAUUAGGAAAUUAUUGUUUUUAUGGAUGUUCAACAUUAACAUCAAUUAAUAUUCCAACAUCAAUUAUUAAAAUAGGAGAUGAAUGUUUUUAUGGAUGUACAUCACUAACAUCAAUUAAUAUACCAUCUUCAAUUAAUGAAUUAGGAUAUAAAUGUUUUUGUGGAUGUUUAUCAUUAAAAUCAAUUAAUAUACCAUCAUUAAUUACUUUAUUUGGACGUGGAUGUUUUUAUAAAUGUGGAUGUGAAGAAGAAUUAAAGAAAAAUAAACGAAUACCAAGAAAAUGUUUUGAAUGGUAG